AUGACGUCGUUCGAAAAUAGACGCUACACAUGUAAGACAUUAGAAGUGGAUAUAUACUUAUUGCAGGUAAAAAAGAAUCCUCUUGUUAUGAUGGAUGAUGUGUAUAUAAAGAAUGAACCUUACGGCGUUUGUCUGAUACUCGGUGCUUGGAAUUACCCAAUACAACUGACACUGCUACCAUUGGUCGGUGUUAUCGCUGCUGGAAAUACUGCUGUAAUAAAACCGUCUGAAGUAUCUGCCAAUUCUGCUGACCUAGUUGCCAAGUUGAUUCCGAAGUAUUUAGACAAAGACUGCUUUUCAGUGAUCUGUGGUGGUGUAAAGGAAACCACUGACUUGUUGGAAGAGAGAUUUGAUUACAUCAUGUAUACUGGUGGAGGCAACAUUGCUAAAAUUAUCAUGACAGCCGCUGCCAAACACCUGACACCAGUAACUCUUGAGUUAGGUGGAAAGAGUCCAUGUUUUGUUGACAAGAACAGUGACUUAACAGUUGCUGCUAAUCGCAUUACCUGGGGUAAAUUCGCCAAUGCCGGACAGACGUGCAUCGCUCCUGAUUAUGUCAUGUGCGAACAGUCAAUCCAAGAUCAACUGGUUUCAAAAAUUUGUCAGGCGAUUGAGAGCUUCUACGGAAAGAAUCCAAAAGAGUCAAAGGAUUAUGCAAGAAUUGUUAAUGAUAGACAUUUCCAACGUUUAACUGACCUCAUGAAAUGUGGUAAAAUUGUAAUUGGAGGCGAUACAGAUGAAUCUGCUAGGUACAUUUCCCCGACAGUUGUUACUGAUGUCAAACAUUCUGAUCCUGUCAUGGAACAAGAGGUUUUUGGUCCCGUUUUGCCAAUUUUUACUGUGGAUAAUGUCCAGGAUGCCAUUAAUUUCAUCAACAGCAGAGAAAAGCCCUUGGCACUAUAUGUAUUUUCUAAAGAUAAAUCGGUAAUUAAAAAUAUGAUUGACAACACAUCUAGUGGUGGUGCAUGUGGGAAUGAUGUUAUGAUGCACGCUGGUGUUAAUACCUUACCAUUUGGUGGUGUUGGCGGAAGCGGUAUGGGUGGUUACCAUGGUAAAUUCACCUUUGACACAUUCUCCCAUAAGAGAAGUGUUUUGAUCAAGAGCCAAGGUCUUGAGAAAGCUAAUAGUAGUUUGAGGUAUCCUCCAUACACUGAAAAGCAGCUGGAUUGGAUGUUGUGGUUGAUGAAGAAAUCCCCAAAGAGGACUGGACUUGCAAGCUGGUUCCCUCUAAUGGUGCUUGGUGUCGUCAUUGCCUUUGUCUUUAGGGCUCUUGGUUUUGGUAGGUAUAUACCACAGAGUUUCAGAUAAGUAACCAUGGCGAUACACAGUGACCAAAUGGCAAAGCUUUUAAUAUCAAGUGAUUCUUGAAAACUGUAUAUGUAUAAUUUUAUGAAUGAUCUAUACAAGGAUUCUUAGUAUUCUGUAUAUUCUGGUGGAUGUUUAGUAUAUUAAGCAUUUUAGUGCCAAAGACAAGUUUUGUCAUUUCUUCACAAAAUUGAUACACACACUAUUUUUUUUCCAAAAAUGUUGUGCAAAACCUGUAACCAAUUGUCUUUGUUUUGUUCAAAAUUAUCAACAAGUUGUUAAAACAAUACCUAAAAAGAGGUAAAAUUUAUGGCACUGAAAUGAUUAAUGUUGUGUUAUUGGGAGGGGGGGGGGCAGAGAGUGUAUAAAUUCUUUAUUGAUGCUAUGAACAAUAUUUACAUUAUGCAUUUGUUGGUAGAUGAAUAUUGUUUAUUAUCACUUUAUAAAAUGUGGAUUAUGUGAAAAUGAAUUGUAAAUUAACUUUGUUUUCAAAAGUAAAGCAUAUUGCAAGCAUGUGUAUAAAAAAAAGUUAUGUUUCUGGUCAGCAUGUGCACCACCAACAAAUUGCGGGCAAAUCUUUUUUUUCACUUUCCGGUUUUUCGCCAUUGUAAAGCAGCCUCUGUUGAAAAAUUUUAAAAUGUUGUGCCUCAUCAAAUAUUUUGGCAAAAAAAAAAAUUGCCUCACUGCCCCAUUUGUAAAAAAACAAAAACAAUUUGACCAGAAACAUUUUUUUUAGAAUUUAGCAUGUGGGUUGUGUGUAAACAUUUUUAUAUAAUGACAUUAAAAAUUCUACUUACUUUAAAACUUACCGAGGGACUUUGCAACAUCCACAGAUACUUUCCUGGACACUCCAAUGACCGUUGUAUUUGCAAUAAAGUUACAUACCUGCUCACGUGACAGUUAAUCGGAAAACCAGACGCCGCAUGCCCUUGAUGAAUUUCCAGGCAGAGUUCUAUUUCUAUGAAUAUUCGGUGAUCUAACUGCAAGGAACUCUGGGAAGAAGAAUGGCCCUUGAUAUGUGGCCACGAGGAACGAGGGGUUGUUGGACUAUUCCAUUCCUUUGUAGGCACAACAAUCAUUGCUGUGUAACACUUGGGAGAAAUAUAAUACUAACAUAAAAAUGGGAAAUAAAAAUAAUAAACGUAAAUUCCUUUGAUUCCCAAUUUUUCGCAUAAUGGCUGGUCCCAUUGCCAGUUUCCCAGAACACUCAUCGCCCAGUCAAAAUUUCCCUGGAAUCUUCUACGUGUACUUAUUUUCACACCGUCAUCGAAUACCAGUUUCAAAUAUCCUUCAGAAUACAAGAAAUCCAUGUAAUAUAAUCGACGACGGUCGCGACUCCUAUCGGAACGUAUCCAAUCGAUACACCAGAAAUGCCGCACAAUCCCUUGAACUGUUGCCCUUGCUAGUCUGACUUCCUCUAUCAUCGAUCAUUCGCAAGAGGCGAAUAAUCUCCAUCUCAGUGUCAGUGACACACCGGUAAUAGCAAUAAUUGUUCU